AUGGGAAUUGCUUUUGCAGGCUAUUUUUACGUUCCCAAUAUGAACCAAGGAUAUACUGAAUUUAGAUCAUAUUUAAUAAUCAGAAAUAAAUAUAUCUAUGAUAUAUCCAAGGACUUUGUCUCAGGUGCAAAACUCUGUAACAAAGCUUUAUGGAAAACUUUUGGCUCACUUAUGCCAUUUGAUCAACGUGGAAGAAAUUAUCACAAUAUGAAAAUGUAUGAAAAAUCACUUGCGGAUUUAAACAGAUCAUUAGAACUCAAUCCAAAUAAUGUUACAUCAUUAACUUUACGAGGAUUAACUUAUCAAUUAAUGGGUAGAUACGAAUAA